AGGCCUUUGACGAUGAUUCAGCAUCUUUUCUCUUGUUUAGUUUACUACACUUCCAUUUCUCUCUCCACCAAUACAUACGCCGUACACUGUAGCGGAGAUGCCGAUCGCCUUGCAGAGGUGCAACUCAGGCGGCGCCCACCCGAUCGAAGAGCCAGGUUUCGUUCACCGCGAUAUGCCAUUUGCUUCGUCGCCGUACGAUCCACCGGAGCUGUCGCCGCCCGAUCAACGGUCAUCGGAUGAGGAUCGCGGUUCGUUCUCUUCAUCAGCCAGUUCUUCAAUCGGAAAGAACAGUGACGAGCAUCCCAGCGGAGGCAGCGGCAGUGAUGAAGACGAGGUGCAAAGUCACUUCAAAGGAGGACCAUUGGAAAACUUGGAUUCUCUGGAGGAAGUUCUUCCUGUAAAGAAGAGCAUAUCAAAGUUCUACUCUGGUAAAUCCAAAUCAUUUACCAGCCUAUCUGAUGCUGCAUCAAUCCCCUCAAUUGAAGAAAUCACGAAACCAGAAAAUGCUUAUACAAGGAAACGCAAGAACCUGUUGGUCUUCAAUAAUAUAUGGGACAAGAAUCAGAAUAGCAUUGUAAGAAAUCGGAUUGGUGGAAUAUCAAAAAGACCAACCAAUUCUAGAAGUAUGCUGUCUCUUGCCGCUAACACGAAUUGCUCUGGAAGCAAUAGUGGUGACACCUGUAAUUCAAAUUCAUCACUACCUGGUUACAGUCUUCCUCCUUUACCACCACAUGCCAGGAGAAGUAUGAAAAGUGAACUGUUAUCAUCACCUCCUGUUGAUAAGUUUCCUUCAUGGAGGUCUUUCUCCUUAUCUGACCUGCAAGGUGUUGCUGAUGCUGAAGUUGCUACUCCCAGCACUGGUGGCUUAUGGAGCAAUAACACAGAAAAAUGAAGCCUUAUUUAACUGUGUUUUUAUUUCAUAUCACCCUAUGAAUCUAUAUCAUGAUAGAUGUUAAUGCGGCGGAGAUGUUUGUACCAUCUUCUUGCUUGUGCUCAUGCUUCUGCUUCUGCUUCUUGUAGCUGUUGUUUAGGCAUCACCUGUUCCCUUACAUCCUUAGAGUGUAAACACUUAAAAAUAUAAUUAGAUUUUGCAUCUAACUUUGUUUUGAUAUAUUUGAAUAAAAUUCCCAAAGUCUUAGCUACAAACUAUAUUUUCUUCUGGCUAUUGUGUCAUUGCCUUUGAAAUAUCCCUGGGAAAUCUUCUCAAAUUGUAUAUGUUUGGAGUAAGUGUUGGAAUCAAUCCUUGAGAUGAAGGGUGCCGAUUUUUGUUUGUUCUGUUCUUGGAUUUGGUGUCAAUGAGCUUGCAAAGUCUGCUUGCUCGGAGAGGGGAUUUCUGCUGCUUAACACAAUUUCUAAAAUUUUCUCACAUAUUGGUUUAUUGAGAAUCUUUCCUUUUCUUUCCCCCCGUCUUCCAUUUGGGUUCAAUAUCUAGAGGAGCUUAAGAUUUAUGCUGGUUGCUACCAGAUGAUUGGAUUGUAGGAAUGCCAAUCUGUGCAAGAGGAUAGAAAGGAAAUCAACUAUUGAAGUUUCUGAAUGGAUUGGUUAAGUUGCAACCGCAAAGUGACGGAUGAAAUCCUCAAAGGAUUUAACAUCUGCCAGCUGUGCAUAGCCUCAUGGAUGGUGCACGAUAUACAGUGACACUGGAUGAGUUCAAGCUUUUUCAUGGGAUUGACAGAUCAUUGUACGUUAUUCUUGUCAGGGAUCUAGUGCGUAACCCCUUGGAGUGCCUGUACAUAUUGGGCUUGUGGCUAUGGUUGGAACGAGCAGGAUUUUAUCAUUUCAUAAGAUCCUAUCUCUUCCCCCAUUUCUGAUCAACGAGCUUGCUGAUGAAGCAGUAACAUGCAUCAAGUCCACAAAAACGCAGUUCCUUUCUCAUCUGAAUCAAUUGAAAUCCCAUUAACCCCGCAGUCUUGUGAAAAAAGAUAUAUCUCUGCGGUUUUUCCAUGAAAACCAUCUUACUGCCUUGCAUGGGAUUGAAGGUUUGGUAAGAGGAGUCUGCAUACCAGCUCUAUCUGAUAUGCUGGAAAAAGAUGGAUAUGGUGGUUAUGUCUAUACUCCUUUGAAAGGUCAGAUAAUGGCACCUAGUCAUGCUGCAUCGACUUCAUCUGUGAGGGAACCAUCUUCUGUUGAGAACCUGCCGAUGCAAAGCGUUGCUAGCUUGAGUUGUGGUGAUUCCCCCCCUUCUUGUGGUAAGGGUGAGGUGUUGCGGAAUGAGAGGACGAUGUUUGUGACAUUCUCCAAAGGCUACACCCGGUGAGUGAAAUGGAGGUGAGGCAAUUCUUCAGCAGGAUUCUGGGGAACUGCAUUGAGUCCUUCCACAUGCAGGAGGUAAAGCGUGAAGAGCAAUCUCUGUAUGCUAAAAUCGUUCAUCGGUGCCAUUCUCAAAGGAGUGAGCAAGGCUAAAUUCACCAUCAACGGUGGUAGCAUAUCUGGAUGAGGAAGUUUGUACCCAGGAGCAACAAACAGGCGCCUUGAGGAUGCUUGGAGCUUGUACCUGCUGUUUCUUAUGAAAUGUAAGUACUUAAUAGGCCUCCUUUUAGUGGUUGUUGUGUGUGUGUCUAGUCUUGAAUUUGUAUGAAUAGUCUCAGGAACAUUGUAUCAAAGCCUUGUUAGUUUAUGGCUUUGGAUGAAUUACUCAAGACUUUACCAAAAGUGGGUGAAUUAAGAGUUGAUUUGAAA